AUGUUACCUAAAAGGACAACACAGCCCAUGGAGAAGGUGCUUGCAAUGGCAGCAGAAGGCAGGCAAGCAAAGCAAAAGGCUAUUGAUAAACCUUCUACCCCCAUGGAGAUAUCAAAAUGUACAAAAGUGAUAGUACCUAUUAACAUUGAACAAUCUAACAAUACUACUACACCAUCCAUAUAUCGAGCUACUGUUCAAACUAGUAAGGAAGAAGAUGAGGCUGCUCAUUCACAUGCCAUCAUCAUUGAGUCUGAUGGAUUUGAAAAGAAUGACAUUGAAGUUGAUGACCCUGGAGAAUCUUCUGAAGCAGAACUAGACAGGCUGAAGAAGGAUUGGACUUCACCUAUAUAUGCAUUCUUCAAACCCACUCUAGAAAUUGAAUAUCAGGACAACCGUCACUGCCAUGUGUUCAAAUGUACAGCACUGGGCUGCAAACAAAAGCAUGUAAAAAGUUGCUGGGGUGAGGCUGCCUUGCAAACUGCAAUGGAGUACAGGGACACUGCUGCUGCACAAGAUGGAGUUGUCAAGAAUCUGCUUGAGACAGGAUCUAUUAAAACCUCUUUCGAGCGAAAAGGCAAAGAACCUAGGGUGGAGAUCGUGUGUUGGGUGUCAGAGAGUUUAAGACCAUUUGAGACUGUGAAUGAUCAAGGGUUUCAAAAGUUGAUGAAGACAGGGCGCCUGGAAUAUCACAUACCUUCACCCUCAACAAUCACUCGUGAUAUAAAGCAAGUUUUUGUCGAGACUCGCAAACAGAUAGCACGGGUGCUACAAAUGCCUGGACAUCAUCUAAUCACAGGACUUAUGUGGCCAUCUCCGUGCACCUAG